AUGUCCUCCUCCCAACCCACCCAAGAUCUCAAACCGACCUACGUCUACAAACUCGUCCCAUGCACCGUCCCCAUCCCUCUCGACCUCUCCAAUACCCAACCCACCAGCACUGGCACUGGCAAAUCAAACCCAAACACCUACCCCUGGCCAACCCCCUACACCCUCCCCCCCUCCCCCCUCGACUCCUCCUCCGGCUUCAUCCACCUCUCCACCUCCUCCCAACUCCCAGGCACCCUAACCCACUUCUUCUCCUCCCCUCUCGACAAAUCCGUCUACGUCCUCCGAAUCCCUUACGAUCGCACGCACCCCGGGGUGGAGGACAAGAUGGUACGAUGGGAGGACCCGAAGGCGGAGGUGUGUGGAGAAAGGGGCGGGGAGGGCAUGUUUCCGCAUUUGUAUAAGUAUGAGGAGGAGGGGAGCGGGUUGGGGUUAGGGGCGGAGGAGGUGGAGAGUGUGGCGGUUUGGGAGAGGGAGAUGGGGGGGAGUGGCGAGGAAGGGGUUGGGGUUGAAGAUGGGAAGAAUGGGUGGGUGAAGGCGUUGAAGGGGGCGGAGGGGUGGUUGGUGUAUUAGUCUUAGGGGGGUGAAGCUGUGAAAUGGGAUUAAUAUUGGUGGGACUCGGUGCGGGCGUAGGGCCACACUCGUGGAAAGCGUGUGGCCUCAGGAUUAGUACUUUUGCAAGGCGGUUCGGAAUGAACAGGGGGUGGCGUCGAUCUU